GACUGGACGCGGUUGACUACAUCAUUUUCUAAAUUUAGCAUAGGUAUUGCACCAUAACUAUUUUGUCACGUGACCAGGUGAUAUUUGUUGUAGGAACAUCAGUCAGACAUAUUUAGAGUAGGGGCUUGAAAACAUCUUAAGAGAAGGACAAGUAGAACGCCAGCUGGGCCGUGGCUUCUUCGCGUUUAUCAAUCACGGAAGAAUUUUUGGAACAGGAUAAUUUAAACAUAGAUCUAGAUCUACUUUCACAGUUUACUGAUUCCACGGCUUUUGCAGAGGCAUCUACAGGGUUUAAUUGUGGUCAGGAGACAAAUAUGGAAGAGGAAAUGAGCUUUUACGAGGACGUUGACUUAGAUCUACCUCACUCUCUUGACGAGUUGGUUGACUUGCUGGAUAUCAAGGCGGGCCCUGAAACCUUGGGUUCCCAUGAUAUCCAGCACUUCCCUACGUUCGCCUCAGAAGACAUGUGGCCUAUUUGACACAGGCUUUGCUGGUGGCGCCCAUGAUGUCACCAGCCAGGACUCCAAUGAUAUCAGUGAUCUAUUUUCUGACUCUGCCACUUACAGCAUAGAUAAUCCUGGAACUUCUAAAUUGGAUUUAGGGAAUGAUAAUUUUUUGAUGGAUAGCUGGGAUCUCCUUGACCCUCUUGGAGAUUUAGAGGCUGAUCAUCUUGGCAACGACAGCCUGGAUGCAUUUAUAAACUUAGACACAAUUCUAGCAGGAGAAAAUUUGUUUGAUGUGACUGCAGAAGUAAGUCCAGUAAUCGACAUAUCACCAGGCAACAUGAAACAAGCUAUUGGUGAAAUGAGUAUACAAACAAGCUCGACAGAAACUGCUAACACAACUGUUGUUAAGGAAAUACCAUUACUUACAUCUCGAAAACGUAAAUUAUCAAAUACUAAAACAAAAGAGACUGUACUUAAGACAAGUAUGUUUGAAAUCCCUGCAAGACUUGAAAAAAAAGUAGCAGCGGUCGACACACAGCUUGAUCAUGAUUACACUGCCAAAUUAUUAAAGCUCUCUCAAGAUAAUACCUCAACUUCUCAAUUCAAUAAUUUAAGCCACGAUUCGGAGUACAGCUCAAGCUCUAUAACGCAGGGUCAAGAAUGUGGUAUCACUGAUAAACAAGCUGUUAGGAGGAUGAAAAACAACGUUGCCUCUAAACGAUCAAGAGAACAGCGGAAACAAAAAUUUGUGGAAAUGGACCAAGAGGCAGAAGAUCUAAUAGUAGCUAAUGAAACAUUGAGGAAGAAAAUAGUUGAACUUGAAAAGUUGGCUCAAGAAAUGAAAGCACAGUUGGUUGCCAAAAUGUCUGGGAAAUAAAGAAUGGUUUAAAAUAAUCUUAUUUUCCAUUAAACCCAAGAAAAGGUCCUUGGUAUAAGUAUUGUGCUUCAGUGCUCUGUGAAUUAAUUCUGAUCCUCAAGCUUUGAUUGGAAGGAGUAGAAAUAGAUGACAAAAUGUUAUCAUUUAUAGACGGGGCCCUUAACGAUCCUUUAACUUAUUGUAAACCUGUUUGUUGUUGUUUUAUAUGUAAUAUACUGUAAAAAGAUUGUUUUUUUUUUUCAUUCACUUGUCAUUAUAAAUGUUAUAUUGCUUUUUGUUUUUCUUGCAACUUUCCAUUAGGCAUCAUGAAACUCAUUUGUUUUAAGUUUAUAGAUGCUGGAAAGUGCCCCCACUCCCUCUCCCAAUGCAAACAUUCUUUUUUUACAUUUUGACCUGUGUUAUUAUAUUUUUGUUUCAUUUUUUGUAUGCUUGUACGGAUAUGUAGACAACCCAAACAAGUGUUUAUAGCCCUUGUUCUAUAAUGAUAUCAUUUUAACAUUUAUCUCUUCUGUAAACUUCCUUUUGUAUUGCACCCAGCCAAUGUUCUGCUGUUAAGUACUUUGAAAACAUGUCCCAUUCAAAAGACAAACUCUGCAGUAUAGGUGAUCAGCUGACUUGCAUUCAACUAAAUGGAAGCAUUCUAUGUUAUUGGUCUAUAAUUGCAUUCUUUUAAUGUUAUUGAAAGAUGUUGCACACACCAAUUAAAAUUGCAAACAACUGUACCAAUAAAACAUAACUAUCAAUGUAAAACUUUGAACUUUUACUAGAACUAGUCUAGGCUUACAUCUUGACUUUUGAACACUUACUAGUACCGGUACUAGAACUGGUCUAGGCUUAUGUCUUGACGUGUUGAUUUUAUUCUUUAAAAAAAAAAAGCUUAUUGAGACAUAAUUUUUAAAAUGUAUCUGGAUUGAGUAGAAAUUUGUAUCACUACAUGGCCAUUUUUUAUUUUUCUAUUUUGUUCCCAGAAUUUAACACUGUGAUAUUUUUUAUUUUAGGACAUCGUUUUAAAAUCUUACAAAGUUAAUAUAAUAAAAUGGUCAAAACUUUAAAACUUUA